UCAGUUCCUUGUCCCCCACUCUCCCCACCCUGCAGCUGCACUGGGCUUUAGCCCCUGCCCCAGCCCCAGCUAUGGCUCCUGGGGCGCCCUCAUCCAGCCCCAGCCCUGUCCUGGCUGUACUACUCUUCUCUUCUUUGGUGCUAUACCCAGCCCAGGCCAUUGUGGUUUACACGGACAGGGAGGUCCAUGGUGCUGUGGGCUCCCAGGUGACCCUGCACUGCUCCUUCUGGUCCAGUGAGUGGGUCUCAGACGACAUCUCCUUCACCUGGCGCUUCCAGCCUGAAGGGGGCCGAGAUGCCAUUUCGAUCUUCCACUAUGCCAAGGGGCAGCCCUACAUCGACGAGGUGGGGACCUUCAAAGAGCGCAUCCAGUGGGUAGGAGACCCUCGCUGGAAGGAUGGCUCCAUUGUCAUACACAAUCUAGAUUACAGUGACAACGGCACUUUCACAUGUGAUGUCAAAAACCCACCAGACAUAGUGGGCAAGACCUCUCAGGUCACGCUCUAUGUCUUUGAAAAAGUGCCUACCAGGUACGGGGUGAUACUAGGAGCGGUGAUCGGAGGCGUCCUCGGGGUGGUGCUACUGCUGCUGUUGCUUUUCUACUUGGUUCGGUACUGCUGGCUGCGCAGGCAGGCGACCCUGCAGAGGAGGCUCAGCGCAAUGGAGAAGGGGAAAUUGCACAAAUCUGCGAAGGACUCUUCCAAACGCGGGCGUCAGACACCAGUGCUGUACGCCAUGCUGGACCACAGCAGAAGCACCAAAGCUGCCAGCGAGAAGAAGUCUAAGGGACUGGGGGAGUCUCGCAAGGAUAAGAAAUAGCGGUUAGCGGGCCGGGCGGGGGGUCGGGGGUCCGGGCCGGAGGCCUCCAAAGGCGCUCAGGUGGUAGUCAUCGAGAUGGAGCUACGCAAGGAUGAGCAGAGCUCGGAGCUCCGGCCUGCUGUCAAGUCCCCCAGCAGAACCAGCCUCAAAAACGCCCUCAAGAACAUGAUGGGCCUGGACUCGGACAAGUGACCUCCCCUCUCAGGCCCUGCCCGAGCAGGGGGACCUAGGCUCCUCUUCUCACCCGUCUAGGUGCUCUGCUCCCUAGCUCCCCAGCCCUGGCCUGUCCUCGCCUACCUUUGAGAUGUAAGUUUUAUUCCAGAAUUCACUCCUCCCCCAGCCUGGCCUCCUGGCUUUCUGGGAGCCUACUCUUUCCCAGUCCCCAAGGGCUGUGUGUUUGGUGCCUGGCCCCCCGGCACCGAGAAGAAAGGGACCCUCUGUUCCACGUCACCCCUCCCUUGCACCCGGCCCCCAAGCUGUCCUCCACUCUUCCUUCUCCGGUCCCCUGUCCCCUUCCACCAGGCAGCCCAGCGCCACACUGUGUCCUUCCAGCUAACACCCACCAUCACUCAGACCAGACUCUCCUUCAGGGUUUAUUUAGGUUAUUGAUCUUUUUUUUAUUUUAUAUUUUAAUCCAUUUUUUUGUUUGUUUACCUGUGCCCUGCUCUGCCCUUAUCCCCCCCAUGACCGAGGACCGAUGACGUCAUGCGGCAAAUCCCCACACCCCACUAAGCCCUUCUCCAGAGCCAGCCCAACCAGAGGGGCCCCUGAGUCUGGAACCUCAGAUAUUGGAUGAGCACUCCCUGACCACUUAGGAGCACUGUUUUGAAGUUCAAGGGCAUAGGCAAGGAAUGAGAGAGAGGAAAUGGAUCCUUACAGGUCAGGGGUUGGAGGAAGGGAAUAUGAGCAUGAAGAGAUGGCUUUAAACAAUCAAACGGGGAAAGGAAGCGACUGUACUCCCAACCAUAGGAGAUUCUUAGAAUUUUUCUACAUUCUGUAUAUUUC